GGCAAUAAGACGGGCCAUUUUAUAACAAGCUUACCUAUAUAGCCAUUUAGAAAUCACAAUUGUCCAUAUGUAGGUACACACCUAUUUGUAUGUAAUGAUUUGAAUAUUUCUCGACUCUAAUACACGAAGUAUGUUACUCGUUCGGAUACAUAGUUUUAGUAUAUCUGGCAGUACAUGAAAAGAAACUAAGCAAAGGACUUCCUUCACUCCACUUGCAUAACCUUCGUGAAGGAUGAAGAAGGUGGUUGUAUUUGGCGCCACGGGAAACACUGGCCUGUGCUGUACCCAAGCUGCUCUCAAACUUGGUGAAUAGAAGGGCCAGAUAACUGUAUGAUGAUGCAUAACGUGGCACAAAACAUUCUACGUGCAGCAAGGUCAAGUUUGGGUCAGACUGCAUGGCAUAGGGUAUCAGCACGAGGACUUUGCUCAUCUAGUCCUGAUAUUGUAAUUGAGAAACUCUCGGGUGACUGUGAGGGGAUAGCAGUGUUUGGUCUCAACCGUCCACAAGCUAAAAAUGCUAUCAGCAAGAAUUUAUUAAAGGAGUUCAAGGAAGGCAUUGACAAUGUCCGUCAUGACCGCAGUGUGAGAGUGGUGCUCCUGCGCUCCAUGGUGCCGGGGGUAUUCUGUGCUGGGGCAGACCUAAAGGAACGUGCAAAGAUGAAACCAGAAGAAGUUGGCCCAUUCGUUACCAAGGCACGUGCAUGCAUUUCUGACCUUGAAAAUUUGCCCAUGCCAGUGAUUGUAGCUUUGGAUGGAGUAGCUUUGGGAGGUGGACUGGAGAUAGCCUUGGCCUGUGAUCUACGAGUGGCUGCUACUACUACAAAGAUGGGCCUUGUAGAAACCAAGUUGGCCAUUAUUCCAGGAGCUGGAGGAACGCAGAGGCUUCCACGUGUUGUAGGAAGUGCAAAGGCCAAGGAGCUCAUUUUUACUGCUGCCAUUGUUAAUGGUGAAGAAGGUGAGGAGAUUGGUUUGGUAAAUUAUGUUGUUCCUCAGAAUGAAACUGGAGAUGCAGCCUACCUUAGAUCUCUUGAGCUGGCCAAGAAAAUAAUUCCCAAUGGGCCCAUUGGAGUGAAAAUGGCAAAAGUUGCCAUAUCACGUGGUAUGGAAGUUGAUCUUUCCACUGGCUUGUCUAUUGAAGAAGCUUGUUAUGCACAGGUGAUACCCACCAAAGAUAGGAUUGAAGGACUUACAGCCUUCAGGGAAAAGAGGACCCCUAAUUACAAAGGAGAAUAAGAAACUGAAUUAAAAAAUAUAAAUAAUUUUAUUGUAAAUUUCUUAUUACUCAACUGGAUUGUUGAUUAAUAUAUAUAUAUAUAUAUAUAUAUAUAUAUAUAUAUAUAUAUAUAUAUAUAUAUAUAUAUAUAUAUAUAUAUAUAUAUAUAUAUAUAUAUAUAUAUAUGCAUGCAUAAUUUCCCUAUUUAUAUAUGCCUACUGGAAUAAACAACAAAAUAAAAAGUUGAUAAAAUUUCAUGACUCAAAAUGUAAUUUCUGAUCCUUUUGUAUGUUGACCUCUGGGAACCUCUUUGUCUUCUCAGGUUGUUAAAUAGUAUGGGAUGGUGAUAUUGAGUAUUGCUCAUUUUCAGCCAUCUUGCAGCUCAGACUUGUAUGAUAUAUAUAUAUAUAUAUAUAUAUAUAUAUAUAUAUAUAUAUAUAUAUAUAUAUAUAUAUAUAUAUAUAUAUAUAUAUAUAUGGGAGGGAGUAUUUUAUUAUCAUUUAUUUAAUUAAUUAAUUAAUUAAUUUUCUUUUUAUAUGUGAGGCUCUCUCCCAAGCAAGUGAAAUGAUGGUACACAGAAAACUACAUGACUGCACCUAAACUACAAUAAAUGCUGCUGAUUAUAAAUAUUGUCUAAUAGAAUGAAAUAGGUAAAAGUUGCAUUGACCUAAUGCCUACACUCAGGAAGAGAAUAUGUAUUUUGGCAAAUUGCAUCCUCUAUGUAUGUGUUUCCAUAACUUAAAUUGAGAUUUUUGUACAUUAUUGGGAAUUGUUAUAAUUGAUUUUUUUAAUCACAAAAUUAUAUUCUCUUGCUUUUUUGUAAAUUUGCAUUCAUGUCCUUUGUGUUCAUUCUUAAAAUUUAAAGAUAUGAAUAUAUGAAUCUGACACAAGUUCAUCUUUAUUUACUUGAUGUAGUGUUUACUGGAUUAUUUUCUUGAUGUGGUGUUUACUGGGUAACUGUCUUGUCAUCAACUUUUUAAUAAUUAGGAAUGGUUAACCAAUGGUUAACCACUGUAUCACCUGUUUCAAUUUAAUUGUUCAUUUGACAGGAAAUGUGUCAAAUGUCCCAGAAGGAAUUUAUUUUAUACAAAGUUUUGGAUUUCUUUGAAUUGCUUUGGCUUUUCUCAUCAUUAAGAUAUGUAGUUUAUACAUGUAAAAAUUCUUGGAAAAAUAAGUAUACAUUCAAUAUGGAUGUAUAAAUAUAUGUAUGCAUGCAUAAACUUUGUGUGGGAUCUGAUAUGCUACAUAGUAACAUAGCUUGGACAGUAUUGUACGUGAUUAUUUUUGUUAUAUAGUACAGUAAAGAAUUUUGUGUAUUAAAGUUGUACUUUUUA